GCGGCGGUCUCGGCUCAGUCGCAUCGCUCGCGCCGACCGCGCCACUCGCGACCACCCGCGCCACGACCAUGCUUCUCGCCGCAGUGCUCGCCCUCGCCGUCGCCGCCGCGGCCGCCCAGAACGAGACGCGACCCCCGCCCCCGAGGCGCGAACAGUUCCGCGUCAUCUACGAAUGGAACGCCAUCGAUUUCGACUGGGCCUCCCCGGCCGAUCGGGAGGCCUACCUCAAUACAAGCAGAUAUAUUCCCCAGAACGUCCUAAUAUCUGGAAUAAGCUACUACGGCGAAAACCUGUUCAUAACGGUGCCGAGGAUGAUGCGAGGGGUCCCGGCGACUCUCGCGACGAUCCCGGUGGUUCAGAGCGACACGGCGCCCAAGCUGCGCCCGUUCCCUAGCUGGGACGCCAACAAGGUCGGCGACUGCCAGGCGCUGCAGUUCGUGCAGAACGUGCAGGUCGACCGCAACGGGAUCCUGUGGGUCCUAGAUAACGGCCGCGUCAACACGCUCACCGACAAGCCAGACUCCAAGUGCCCGCCGUCCAUCGUGCUCAUCGACCUUAAAACCGGCAAAAAUGAGAUGCAGCGAUUCCUGUUAAGUCCAGUGGACAGCUCUAGCACGUAUCUAAAUGAUCUCGUCGUUGAUAACCGUCGCGAUGGAGACUAUGCUUACAUUACGGAUAACAGUGCUACCGAUCCGGGUAUUAUAGUUUUCCGUCGCAGUGACAAGAAGUCGUGGAAAGUGCGUGAUUCCCAUUCAAUGUCCGCCGUUCCCGAAGCGACCACUUUCCGCAUCAACGGCACCACGGUGGACCUGCCGGUCAACGUGGACAGCAUCGCGCUCGGACCCCAGUUCCUCGCCGGCGACACGGUCGACCGCACCAUCUACUACUGCCCGCUGUCUAGCUUCCACAUGUACGCCAUCAAUGCCUCAGUUUUGCGAAAUGAAACUAUUGGACAAAGCGACGGCGCUCUACGACCAUAUGUAGUCGAUCUCGGAACUAAAGCUUCCCAGACGGAUGGUAUGAAAAUGGACGCAAACGGCGUACUCUACUUCGGCUUGGUGGGCAACUCUACCAUCGCGGAGUGGAACACGAGCCUGCCCUUCCAGCACGGGCAGAGGACGAUCGCCCGCGACGCCAACUACAUUCAGUGGGUGGACCGAUUCGCUUUCGACGACCACGGCAACGUUUACGUAAUAGUAAACAGGCUAUUUAAUUUCAUGAAGAACGAAGUUUUGCUAAGUGAUGUGAACUACAGGAUUCUGAAGUCGCACACGGGGUCGAAGAGCUACGUGUUCGGGGAGGAGGUGACGCCGCCGGGGCUGCCGGGCGGCGCGGCGCCGCUGCGCGCGCUGGCCGCGGCGCUGCUGCUGGCGGCGCUGGCGCACCUGCUGGCCUAGUGCGCGCGCGACCCGCGUCCGGCCCUGACCGUGAUGCAUUGUGCGCCGCUCUGACUGAUGCGUAUCGUUACCAAAUAUUAAGGUUACCUUGACCGCGCGGUCGACCCAGUGAUAAUGUGAAUGAAAGCUGUGCAUAUCUUGACGAAUUAAUAUUAUUUAUAGAUUUAGGUGUACAAUACAACAUUGGUGACCUUUAGACAGGUUAGAGUCGUGAAGAAGAGGCUCCCCGACGAUAGGUCGGGGACGCAUUGCCAAAGCUGCGCCCGCGACUCGAACAAUUAACAUUCCAGCUCUUUGUAUUUAGUUAAGGCGUUUCGUAUGCGUAAUAUUUAUUCAUUAACACAUACAUAAUAUAUAUGAAAUAUUACCAUUUAAAAUGAUAUGUACCUCAAUUUAAAGUUCUCGGAGUGUAUAAUAUAAAUGGUAUAUAAUACCUGAUUGUGUAAAAUAACAAUAGAUACAUUUGAUAGGUUAUUGUAACUAAAAUUGUAAGAAUGAGGCGUGAACGUGACUGUAUGUUUAAUUUUUAAAUAAUAAACGUGUUUAUCGUA